AUGCAGCCAACCCCGCGAACUCACACUUCCAUAUACGCAGAACAGGAAAACAUCCCCCCGGCCAUGGCAGCCCUAACCCUACCCCUCCCCACCACCCACCAUUACACUACCACCAACCCUCCCCCGCCAUCCACCCUCAUCUACACCUCCACCCACCCAACCCCAACCCCCACAGAAUCCCAAUACCUCCUAAAAAUCCUAGCGACAGCCUUCUGCCGCGGCGAGCUUGGGUGGUCUGAAACCCUCCGCCCCCCACCAUCCCCCACCUCCACCUCCACCUCCGCCUCCGCCUCCGCAAACCAAACCCAAAGCCAAAUCCAAAUCCAGGAUUUCAAGCGCAUACCCGGCCACGACGUCACGGGUAUAAUCCUCUCUACACCUCAGGUAGACGAGCACAGCGUUACGGGUCCUAGAUUCAAAGUUGGCGAUGAGGUGAUGGGGUUGCUUGCAUUUGAGAGGGAUGGGGGUGCGGCGGAUGUGGCUGUGGCGGUGGAGGGGGAGUUGGCGUUUAAGCCGAGGAAUGUAGGGGCGGCGGAGGGGGCGUGUUUGCCGUUGAGUGCGUUGACGGGGUGGCAGGCGUUGUUUGAACAGGUGGGGUUGAGGGGGGUGGUGAUGUAUAGUGAUGAUGAGGAUGAGGAGCGUGAGAGGGUGAGGCAGAGGGAGCGAGAUGAUGAGGAGAAAGUGAAGAGGAUUCUUGUGCUGAAUGCUAGUGGUGGUGUGGGUGUUAUGCUGUGUCAGCUGUUGAGGGCGAAGAUGUUAUUUGGAGAGAAUGGAGGUCAGAGGUUUUGGGUUUGUGGUGUGUGUUCGGGGCGGAAUAUGGGGUUUGUCAGGGGGGAAUUGGGUGUUGAUGAAGUGUUGGAUUAUACGCAGGAGAAGGGGUUGGCGGAGGCGUUUAGGAAGCGUGGGUGGGGGCCUGUGGAUCUUGUGCUGGAUUGUGUUGGGGGGGAGUCAUUGAGGCAGGUGCAUGAUGCUACUGUGGUGAGGGAUGGGGGGUUUGUUGUUAGUAUUGCACAGCCAAUCCCGGAGCGGGAGCCUGAGUGGGAGGGGGUCAGGAAUGAGAUUGAGAGGAGGCUAUUGACAAGUAGGUUUUUCAUUGUUAGGCCGGAUGGGGAGCAGUUGGGGAAAAUUGGGUUGUUGGUGGAAAAGGGUGAGCUGAGGGCUUUUGUCGCGAAGGAGAUGGGGUUGUAUGAGGGGAGGGAGGCUAUGGAAUUGGUGGAGAGUGGGAGGAUGAGAGGGAAGGUGGUUUUGAGGGUUAAUUAUUACGAUCCGUAG